AUGGCUAAAGAAAACAAAGAAAAUUCAUCAACCCAAAAAGUGGAAGAAGAAGCAAAUUCUGAAAGUGCAGAGAAAGAAGAUAAAAAUGAUGGUGAAGGUGAAGAAUUUGAAUUCGCAUUUGUUGCAAAAGAGGCUGAAUUUUCUUCUCCAAUUUCAGCUGACGAAAUCUUCUACAACGGUCAGAUCCGACCUACUUUCCCCAUUUCCAAUAGAGAUUUACGGUUCCGAAAUGUUGAAAUUGAGAAUGGAAAUAAGACUACUGAAAAUUCGGGUUCUGCAAAGGCUCCAAGAAUUCGGGUUCCAUUGAAGAAACUUUUUAUUGAGGAAAGGGAAACGACGACGUCAAGUUCGUCGUCGGAGACCGAAGAACUAGAAAACCUGCCCCCAGGAACGUACUGCGUGUGGAAGCCAAAGGCGGCGGAGGCGGCGACGAGGCAGUGUAAACAGAGCAGUUCGGCCGGUUCUUCCAAGCGCUGGAGAUUUAGUGACCUAUUACGCAGGACUAAUAGUGAUGGCAGAAAGGACAGUUUUGUCAUUUUGCCUCCAAGAAACAAACAACAGAAGAAAACUGAAACGGCUAAAGUAACGCCGCCCGUGAUGGCAGCGGUGGCGCCGGGCACAAGGAAACACGACCAACGGCGGCGGGAUGUGGUGGGGUUUUUUAAUAUUGUAAAUGGGUUGAGUAGGAACCUUCAGCCUUUUUAA